AUGCCACGUUGCCCGAGCACAGAAACCCCCACGCAGACGUCGCUGCCGGUACCCACCGCCGGUGAGCACCCGCGCGUGCUGAGCCACAAACGACGACGCGCAUCGUCGCCCGUGUAUUGCGCCAAGCUGCUCGCGGAGGAGAGCGCUAGUGAGAGCUGUAGCUGCUCGACGUCGGGCGAGAGCUCGAGCGACGAGAGCGACGAGGCGGGCAGUGAGUUGGACGACGACGACGACGACGAGGGGCUCGUUGCGGCCAAGCGGCGACGUCGGGCGGAUUUGGACGGCCUGAAGAAGUCGGUGCGGCGCAUGGAGGCGCAGGUGGUGGGCGCGUCGGCGCAGCUGAAAGACCUGGCGGCGCUCGUGGCCCAGGUCGUGGCCCAGCGCCAGCUCGAAUGGGAGCGCUUAUAG